AUGCCAUACGCAGAUGUUUAAUAUAAAAGCUCUCUUUAAGUGAAUGAAGGAAGUUCUUGGCGAUUUGAUUUUAAAUUACAAGGAAUUUAUGAAAUUAAUUUAUUUAGUAUCAGAGUAACAUUUCCUGAAGGGUUUAUAACUAAAUCUGCUUUUUGUGAUAUUGAAGGUAGCUAAGAAAGGAUUAAAACAGUAAUCCUGUACAACUAAAGAAUGAUUGAGUGUUGGAAUAUUGCAAAAUAGCUUUAAGGUAAUUAGUAAGUAAGAAUCAUAAAUAUGAUAAAUCCUUAGGGUAAAGUGGAUUUAAAGAAUUUCUAAAUUGAGCUAAUAUAACAAUCAAAUAGUUUAGUUUUUGAAAAAAAACUCUUUGAUCCUUAAUUAAAUAUUUAGCUGUAAGUAGUAAAUAUGAAAGCGAAGGUAAAUCAAGAAAAUAAUUUCAAGUAUUCUAAUAGUACUCUCACUUUCUAGAUUAAUCUAGAAAACAAACUAGGAGAAGGAGGUAUUCUUUCAAUAUCUUUUGGAGUUUAAUGGAGUUUAUGGGCUCUUAAUUGUACUGUUAUCUAAGGUUUCUAAAAUUAUAUUGGAGAUAUUACAAGGUGCUUUUUGAAUUCUAAAUAUAACAGUUACUAUAUUCAAAAUUUUAAAGAAAUUGAUUUUACACAAUAAAUAGUAGUGAAGAUUCUUGUUUAAUCUCCUUUAAGUGAAGGUACUUAUCCAAUUAAAAUAUAGGCAUUAAACUCUAAGUAGCAAACAGUUGAAUAAUCCACAGUAACAGCAAUCACAAAUUCCACUUUUGGAAGUCUAAAAAGAUUUACAGCUAACGCUGUAAGAAAGUCAUUUAAAUUAUAAGCUGAUAAAGCAGGCCCAUUAGAAUCAACAUUCUUCUUAAAGAAAAAUCUUCCAGCAACAAAUUAUAAAUCUACUGGAAAGGUUGUCAUUGAUAUUUUUCCAAAAAUACUAAAACCCUCUACAAAUUAUGGAAUAGUUAAAUGUUACUUCUUUGGUAAUAUUUUAGCUUCUAAUUGUGAUUUUGAUGAUCACACUUACGCUGACCGCACAAAAAUAACUAUUUACACUCCAGAGAACUUUGAUUAUUAAGAGAGUGAAACUCCAAUUACAGUGACAACAGAAGGAUCAAAGCCAGGCUAUAGCGAUGGUAUUUUGUUAGAUCAUCUAGUAAAAAGAUAUUUAUUUCAUUAUCACUUCUAUGAUAAUGAUUUGCCAAUCUCUGAACCAACAGAAAUAUAUUAUUAAGAGUGGGUUCCUGAUGCAUUUGAAAUACCUGAUUUAGAUUUCAAUUACAACAUACUUAUCAGAGAAAAAAAUGAAUAUACACAUAUGCGAUUUGAAAUGAAAUAGCAAAUAACAUUUUUAUAAGGAGAUAGAAAUUAUUUACUAAGAGUUACAUUUGUAAAAGAUCCUAUUAAUGUAUGGUAAAUAGGAUAACCUUAUUAAAAUAACUAUGGAAUUAUUGAAGACUUUCCUUGCUUUUUAUAUGGAAGUAGCAUGGUUGCAAAUCCUUAUUCAAAAUGUGAUUUAUAUUAAUAGAGUUCUAGAGAUCCUUUUGUUUAAGCAUAUGGCUUUGAAACACUGUAAGUUAAAUAAGGUAGUUGGGUAAUUUUAGAAAUUCCUCAAAUUAAAAUAGGAAAUGUACCUGCUGGUUCAAAAGGAACAAUAAGAUUUUCAUUAAUGGAGGAAACACCUGGAAUGAUUAAUCCAGUAGUUGAAUUAUAUUAUAAAUAAAUAUCGGUGUAAAUAUUAGAACAGUCAUAUGUUGACUAUUCAUUUAAUCCUAACAUAGCUGUUACACAAACGCCUCCUUUAGUUAAUCAGCAAACAGAUCUUAGAUUUUCAUGGAGUGCAGCUGUUUAUAACCCGUAAUAUUUAAUAUAUGAAAUAGAUUAAGUGGGUUAUUAUGAUAUAGGUAGAGGAAUAAUUAAUCCUGCUAACUGUGAUGGUAACUAGUGCAUUAAAUUUAAAAAACCAAUCCAUUGGAUUGUCAUUUAUCCUAAUACUCCUCUUAGCUAGCAAAUAAUAACAAAUAUUUAAGGAGUAUUUUAAAAUCCAAAUUAUGCUGACUAAUUUAUUUUUAAGGUUAGAGCUAUGAAAAAUGGUGCAAUCGUUAAUAAGCAUACUUUUAAUGUAAAAAUAGGCCCUGGAGAAAUUAAGAAUAAAAUAUUUGAUAUUUGUAAUCCAGGCCAUGUCAUGAAUUCUAUUAAUGAUUUAAUAAGAAAAAAUGAGGAGAAUGAAUUCUUUAUCAAAUUUGAGGUAAUAACUUAGAUGCCUAGGAAUUCUCUAAUACGUUUAACCUUUAGAAAUAUAAAAACCUAAGUAUAAAAUAAUCGCCAUAUUAAUUUUUGUAAAAUCAUAAGUGGAUUAAUUCCAUAUGAUGAAAAUCCUAUUUCCUGCAUAACAGAGAGCGCAACAGUAAUUGAAAUCACUCAUUUUGAAUUAGUCUAAAAAAAUACACUUAUUGAAAUUCACUUCAGGCUUCUUACUGAUAGCUCUGCAGUCAUAAACCCUAUUGUAGAUAUUGAAACAUUUUAUGAACCUUAAAAUGAAAAACUAAUUGAUUACAGCUACACAAUUCAAUCUAAUACACCAAACAUAUAAACAAAUUAUGUUGAUUCACAAGUAAAAUUCAAAAUUUUAGAUGAAGCAGUAAGAUCAGAGAAAAGAGAAAAAGGUUAUAUUGGACCUGUGAUAAUUGAUUUUACUCCAAAUUUAAUAAAUAUUCUUAAAAUUAUUAAGGUAAAAUUCGACAUAAAUUUUAAGACUCCAAGAAAUUAUGGAAAAGACUCGCUCAUUUGUUUAUUAAAUGAAGUCAGAUUUAAUUGUAUUUACACCAUAAAUCCUCUAUAUAUAACAAUAGAUAUUUCAUCAAAUACUUUAAAAGCUUCUCCAUCUUAUAGAUUAUCUAUAUCUACAGAGUAUAUAUCUCCUUAAGAUGGUUUAGUUCAUCCACAAACGGAAGGUUUUUAUCCUAUCCAUUUAGAGCUCUAAGAUGUAAAUGGUUUAAUAAAUUAAGCAACUAAAUGGUUAUUUAUAAAGGCACCUAAACUAUAAUUUUUAUACAUAGAAAGUGUUAUCAGAAAUUAAAAGAGAGCAAAUAUGUUCUAUGUUAACUUUAAAACUACGUUAAAUGUUUAAAAGCAUAGCUUAGGAGGUAGAAUUCAUAUAGAAUUUCCUACUUUAGAUCCUAUGGGUAACCCUUAAUUCGAUUUAGAUUUAGGGGGUUAUAAUUAAAGUGGGGAUGAUGUUGGUUGCAGGUUUAUAAAGUUAGGAGUUAAAAUUGGAGAUAUUGGAGAUUUUAACGACAAUAGAUGUCGCCUUAUUAAAAGUCAAAGAAGAGGCAAUCCUGCAGUAGUAGAAAUAAUAAAUUUUCCUUCACUUCCAGCUGGAACUGAGAUUCAGAUGUGGAUAGCUAAAGUUUUCAAUCCACCUAACUUUAAUUAUCCAAACUAACCUACGCUUUAAGUUAUGGAUGCAAAUAUAUCUGUAAAUAUUUUUGAAUAAAACCCUUAAACAGGGGAUUUAAAAUAUAUACAUUAUGACACUUAUAAUGUAUUUAUGGAUAUAAGAGAUGAUCCAUCUCUUCAUGAUGCUUAUCAUCCUUUUAGCUCUUAAGCUAAUAAUUAAGUUUGGGAAACUGGAUCUUAAGUAAAUAGUAAAUUAAAAUCUAUGGUCAACUAAGUUUGGUAUGAUAUUACUCCAUUCGCUCCAGGAGAUCUUUAUAUUGUAGAAUUACCAAAUAAUUUCCCAGAUACUCUAAAACCUGAUUGGAAGAUGGCUACUUGCCUAACAUUUUAUGACUGGUGUUUAACUUUUCCAUAAAUAAAUUGGGUAGUUAUGUCUAUAAGUACAGACUUAGCUGUAAAUAAUAUGUAUGCAAGCAAUGAUGUAUUGAUACAAAUUUUGCCUCAAAGUGUACCAUAGAUAGCUACAACAUAUAAAUCUUAUGUAUGGUAGGGUAGAUUAUUCAGAGGAUAUGUUACCCAUUAAAUUACUCCUCAAUAAUGGCUAUAGCUAAUUGGAACUAUUAAAAACUAUGGAUUAACUUAAAUAGAUUCCCCAUAAAUGCUAGUCAAAGGAAGAAAAAGAGUUGAAGUCAACUUUAAUUUUACUAAUUCUAAUUUUAUUCCCAACUAAGGUGCAAUUUAAAUUAUAUUCCCAUCAAGAAUACCUUCUAUUUAUUCUCAUUGCAGAAGUUCUAUUACUGUUGGAUCAGGUCUAUAUUCAAAAUCUGGUCCUUAUGGUAAUGUCGGUUGUCUUGUUCAAGAGAAAAAUUCAUGGGUAAUCUAUGGAUUUGGUGAUAUAAAUCCUCUAACCAACAUUAAAAUUCAAGGAAUUAUUGAUCUGCCAAACGAUGGUAAUGCAGGAUAUAUAGGAGAUUUAGAUGUUAUAACUUAUGGAAGUCAUGAAUAUGAUAAUAUUUUUAACAAAGGUAGGAUAAUAGAUAAGAGUCUAGCACUUCCAAAUAGUGGAUUUACUAUUGAUAACUUUUAAACGAAGCAAAUUGAAGAUAUAGAUCUAUUACAUAUUGAGACUAAAAUUUUAAGAAAUGCCUAUAGGACACCUUUGACUUUUAAAUUUAAAAUUGAUAACAAUAUAUUUGCGAAUAAAGGAAGAAUUAGAAUGAUGUUUUAUCAAUACUCUUAAUUGUCAUUUAAUGAUAAUAUUGGAUAUUCUUUUUAAUAUUACUCUACAAGUUAGUAUGUUUGCAGUAUUUAAGUUGUAACUACUUAAGAGAACUAUGGCUGUAAGGUGGAGUCAAUUACAUUAAAAGACCAAGGGUUUAAUUAAAUAUACUAUCUUUUUUAGAUGAUUCCUAAUAGCGAUUUAUUGUCAAACAUAGACUAUCUUUUUACUUUAACUACAAUAGAUGGAAAUGGAUAAGAUGAAGGCCUAACUUUUCCAAAUUCUGGUUUACCUUACAAAAUUGAUGUAUCUAUGUCAGUUUAAGAGCCACAAAGUGACAACGAUUACACUCUUCACUAACAUUUAUAUUACCAGGUUUAUGGAUAAUCAUUUGCAUAUUUAAAGUUUACUAGCUAUAUAACUUUGAAGAAUGAGAUGAAUUUAUUUAUUUUAGAAUUUUAACCAGGAUAAACUAUUAGAAAUGAUGAUACCUUAAUAAUAGAAAUCCCAACAACCUCUAUUGAUAUGUAAUAAAAUUUAUUUGCAGAUGAUGGAGGUUUGAAUUUGUAAAAUUAAGAUAUUAUUUUAAAUGAUAUAAUUGAUAUGUCUCUAACAUAUCCAGACCCAACUAUGGAAUGUAGAAUUUCAAGAGGACUCUAAAUUAAAGGUUAUCCAUUAAAAUUUUUGUGUAGUAACUUUAAAUCUUCAGGUAAGUUAAGAGAUAUUAAUCCAAAUGAUAUAAUGAAAGUUGCAUUUAAUAUUUAAAACCCUGAUGUUUCUUCCAAUCAUUAUUCGAUCCCUGUAUAAAUAUAUAUUCAAAGAAAUUAUUAAAAUGCUUAUGAGAAAAUUCUCUAUGAUUUAGUGGAAAAUGCCUUUUAUAUUCACUUUUGGAAUCCUUCCACAAUUACUGGAGUUAAUGGUGAUUUUAAUGUUGGUCCUUUAACAAAAACAGUUUGCAAUAUUCUAACUGAUUUUAAAUUUAGAGUAAGGAAUAGCCAGAAUCUUGUAAGCAAAAAUGAGGACGCUUAUAUUUUAAGAUUCAAUUUUGAACUAAGAGAUGAUGAUUAUCUUCAUAAAAAAAAUUGUGCUUAUGUGAUUACAGGAAGUCUUCCUAUUGAAUGCGCAGUCUUGCCAAAUCUUAGAGCUUUUAUAGCCUGGCCUCAUCCAACUAACGAUUUAGUAGCUUCUCUAUAAAUAUAAACGACAGAUAAUAAAUGGUUAACAAGUUUCUAUAGAGAAUAAAACGAUAUUAAAAGAUAAAUUAUUGGGUAUGCUUGCUAUAUUAGAGAACUUUGGAGUGAAAAAGUUAUAUACUAAGAUUUAUACCCUGACUUACAACCAAAUAGACUAGAUACUGUUUAUUUCGAUCUCAAAUUUAAAGAUAACGAUUAUAAUUAUGCAAAUGAGAAAUUGGAUUUUAUUAUGGAAGUAACUUCCCCUUAUUGGUUUUAUACAGAUAGAGUAAUCAUAUCUUUUCCUGCUAAUAUUGGAUGGGUAUUGGUAGGCGAAAUGUGCUUAGAAAGUCCUGGCUCUGAAAUCUAAAUCACCUAAUGUUGGUUUGUAAGUAACUCAGGCUAAAUCCAAGCAUGGAUUGAUAUAGCUCACAGAGAUAAUUAUGUCAAUGGAGACUAAAAUUCAAGAUAAAAACUUUUCAUAGAAUCUCAUAUGGAAACAUUUUAUAUUCCAUCAAAUUCAGUAUUAAAUCCUAGUUUUAAUUCAUUUAUUGUGUCAUUCUAUCAAUGGUCUAGACAUCCUUCAAUGUAGCCAAGUCCUUGGCGUAGUAAUCCUCCUAUCACUCUUGAUCCAUCAACAGAAUAGUAUACAUGCUUCACAAGCAGUGCAACUAUGAGAUCAGGAGAAAGUUUUGCAGAAUCUCCAAAUUAGACUUGGAACAUUUCAUGGUAAAGUGAAUAAAAUAUAGAAUUUGACUAUGAAUACCACAGGUAUUUAGAUGAGUUUGUUCCUUGUUUUAAGACACAAAGAGCUCCUAUAAAAAUGGAUAUUUAUUUGCCUACAACUUUAAAUAAUUUAAAAGGAUCAUAAAACUUUCAUAUAUUUGAUUUUUAUUAUGGAAAUGAUGUUAUAAUUCCAACUCCAAUAGAGAUAAAAGAUUAUGUUUAAGAUAAAUUAAUAUGUUGGGUAAAUAAUGAUCGAGUCAAAUGCCAGAACGACGAUUUAAACAAGAAAAUUAGGCUCUAUUUCUAAACUUAAAUUGAUGCAAAUAAUAUAAUGUUUAUCUUCAUUACAGCUCAUGAUACCAAUGAUAUAACUAAAGAAGGAUUUAGCUAUGUAGGUAAUUAAUACCAAUACAAGUGGUUGUAUGAAAUUUCAUAAUAUAGAGGUUAAACUUAUUAUGGAUAUACAGAACCUUUUCCUAUUAUGUAUAACACUGACGGAGGUAUUAAAUGUCCCCAUAGAGGAAUUGAAGAUGGUAAUAUAUAAGAUAGUUCUACUCAAAUACCUAAUCAUAUUACUGCACAUUGGUUUUGGUUUAGAUUUGCAAGGCCUGAUAUUUUAGGAAUUACUUUUAAUUUCAAACCUAGGGAUUAUGAAAACAGAGAUGUUUAUUCUUAAAAUUUUUUUAUGGGGCUUGAAAGUGGUGCUUAGUAUCCUUGUUCAAGAGGAUUAUCUGGAGGGUAGAAAAAUAACAUUAGAUGUAUUUACGAAAAAGGUGAUAAAACAGGAUUUGGUAUAUCUCAUCGUAUUCAUAUAUUUGAUUUUAACUAUUAAGUUGGUGUAAAUGAAGUUUUUGGUUUACUCUUUGAUUAAUCCGAUAUUUAACUGAAAUUAACUGUUGAAGCAUGGGGUGGGUAAGCUACUUUUAAUCAACCAUACGGAAAUUAUUUUAUGGGUUCUUUGCUUUUUGAUGCAUGGUUUUCAACAAUUGACACCCUAUGUAAGGUACCUAAUUCUUGCACUGAUUGUGACAACACAUAAAAUGACUGUAACUAUUAAGGUAUAGAUUACAUGGUUCCAGAGAAACCUGCUUUUAUGGAUUAAAAUAUUUUGCAUUUUUUUAAUGCAUGUUAAGUUGGUACCUAAAGCACUGUAAUUGUAGAAAUAACACUUUAAAGCAAAAGUUAAUUUGAUUCAACGUAUGUUGAAGUAUGCUAAGUUGAUCCAUAAUAUCAUGUAAAAGAUAUGUUCAUUUAUGAGAAAUACGAAUGGAAUUCUAAUCCUGCUUAGAAUGAGUAUACUAAAAAAGCUUAUUUGUAUUAUGACUUUAGUGAUGGAAAAGUGAAUAAAAUUGGAAUUGGAUAUAUAAAAUGCAAGCACUACAAUAAUUCGAUAAAAACUUAUUAUUAAUGUGGUGAUUUACUUAAUAGCCGUUUAAGACUUUAAACUAGGUUUGAAACUUAUACAAAUAAGAUAUGUGAGAAUAGGGUUGGAUCAUAGCUAAAUGUAGAUUGCUCAUCUCCUUCUAUUUUCGCAAAUGAAUAUAUUGCUGAAAUUCAUACUAUUGAUAUUAGCUAAUAUAAUAAUGAUUAUGACUUCAAAAUUUUGAAAUUUCAUGAAGAUACUUGGGUAACUCUUGCCGUUAGGUUAUUUGAUGUCCAUAACAAUGCAUUCAAAACUCCUUACUAUGAUUCUGUAUUAACUUUUAAUUAUGAUUCAUUCUUGAACAUUCCUAAUUUUGGAAUUCCAUCAGAAUGUUAUGUAGUAGAAGGUUUAAGAAUGUCAGAUAGAAGAAUGCUUGGUGAAGAGCCAUUGUGUUAAAUUUUACCUAAUCCUAAUAAUCCUUCUCCUUUAGCAUUUAUAUUUAAAAUCACUAAUUGGGAUACUAUAGUAACUAAUGAGUAUGUUAGAAUCUUAUUUAAGCAUCAUGUCAUGCAAUAUGUGUAUAAAGUACACGAUAUUCCAGAUCAUUCCCCUUUUAUAAUGAAUAUUUAUGCAAAUAAUGAAGCUUAUGGGGAUGGUAAAAAUGGACAUAUGAACUCAAGAAAAUGGGUUAAUCCUUAUAACUUUUACUUUUGCUGGAAUAUUAAUCAUUAAUUUGUUGUACUUGACUUCAAUCAUUAUGGUACUGAUACAGUUUUAAUUACUUAAGCUUAGGCUAAUUCAAACGUUUCAUUUAAUUUAAACACUAAUUAUUGCAGCUAUAGUUAAUGUAUCGAAUUAGCUUUCUUAGGUUUGUAAGAUUAUGCUAUGGGAAGUACUAUUACAAUUUAGUGGUAUGUUAAUGAUGUUAUAAGUACUUGUGUUGAUUGGGCAGAUUUCAGAGCUAAAGGUGCACAUAGUUGGACUUUAUGCUUUGAUUAACAUAAGUAAUGUUUAUAAAAUGAAUGGAAUACUGGGUAGGUUCUUAAAUUUAGAGUUAUAUUUAAAGAUGUUUUAAUACCAUUAGAUAGAAAUUAUUGGUGGGUCCAUAUGAGAUUAUAUGAAAAAACAACUUUUUAAAGAUACUCAGGAUGGUGUGCUCAUGAAGGUUGGGAGUUUAUGUGCUAAAAUGAUGAAUGGAUAAAUUAGUUUGAAGUAGGAAGCUAGUUAUCAGUCAAUAUUUUGUCUUUGUCUUAUGACUCAAUCACAGAAAUAGAUUUUACUAUAACAUAAAUAUAUGAAUCUAUAGGUUUAGAUGUUAAUGUGAAUAGAAUUUUAAUUAUGGAAUUCAAUGGACCAGAUUGGCUUGACAAUCCUAUCUAUGGAACAUAAUAUGAUUUAUAAGAAAUUAAUUGUUUAUGUGGUGUCAAUACAUAAUUUUUAACUCCUUAAAUAUGUGUAAAAAGAAAUAGAAGAAUUGUCUCAGGAAGGAUUUAUGAUCCAGUUAUUCUUUUUUAUUUCUCAGCACCUAAAGGUUCUACUGUCAGGUGCUCUGUCCCAGAAAUUAUGAUAUAACCUCAAAACGGUGCACCAAGUCCUAGAAAACUGAAAUUCAAAAUUAUUCGUCCUUCUAUUUAUGAAUGGUAUGGAAAAAAUGGGGAAUAGUAUAAUUCAAGGGUAAAAUCUGAGUAUAAUUUUACGCCUAUUCCUAAUAGCUCUACUUCUGAUUUGAAUUUAGUUUCUAAUCCCUCUGUUUUUUACUAAGAUAGAACUACUACAGAAUUAUUUGUAGGUUACUAUGAUUUAUAGAUUUCUAAUAUUAAAAAUCUAAACACUCCAUAUGUUUACAUAAGACAUGCUUAGAUUGGUCCUUUAAUGACUUCUGAAUUUUGUGAGGAUUAAAGUAUUUGGGAUCCUUAAUACACUAAAGUUUAUAAUUAACAUACAAAAUUAAUUAUAUGUAGAAGAAUUAGUUCAUAAACCACAAAUGCAGUAAUUGGAGCAGGAAAAAAUCUUUAUUUUGAACAAUGGAAAUCUCAAACAAAUUCAGAUUAUUUCUAUAAUGUGUAUGUUUACUAAAAUUAAGAUCUAAAAUAGUAAAAAUAAUCUUCUUCUAUACCAAACAACUAAUUUUAACCAAUCAAAGCCUCAUCUUUUAUCGUUGAUCACUUCUUCUACUCAUAUAAUAAAUCUUCAGAUUAAUCAAUAAUAGCAAUAUAAAUUGGUUUAAGGGGAUUUUUAUGGAGAGAAAUAAGAGAUGGAGGAAGAGUUGAAGUAUAUUUGCUUAGAGUUCAAGUUACUGGAAUAACAUCAGCUUGCUCUGCUAGAAUUGAAAAAGAAUUUUAACAUAUCUUAUGGUGUUAUGUAGACAAUAGAAAUCCUGAUUAUUGGAUAAUAGUUGUUAACAAUCUAUUCACCGAAAUACAAACAAAUAAUUUUUUGAAUAUUUAUUUCUCAAUGAAAAACCCCUCAGGAUAUACAAAUAGGUUUGUGUAAUAUACAGCUAAAUUUUAUUACAAUUAUAAAUCUGAUAGAGACUAUAAAGUUUAACUCUAAGAUUAAUUUACUCAAAAUACAUUUGAUUUCUCAGAAAUUGAUAAAGGAUAUUCUAGAAUUGCUAAUACAAUGUCUCGCUUUUAUGGCUUCAAACCCAAAAUUUUUAUAAAUAAAAGAUAUGAAUAAAGAUUUUAUACUAAAUAUAUGACACAUAAAGUAUGGCUUUCAAGAAAAGAGAUUAUUACAAACGAAGAAUGCUUAGAAAGUGGAUUUGAUUGUAAUACCUGUAUGGAUGUUAGAAUUAGAGAGUAUGAUCCUGUUAUCCUGCAAAGAUAUUAUGAAAUAGAAAUUAGAAGCAGAUCUUGGUUAGGUAAUGGAUUUAGGAUUGAUUAACCUACUCUAAGGUUCUUUAAAGUAGGCUCAAGAUUAGAAAUCAUUAUAUCUGCGAGAACAACAAAUAUACAUAUUGGUCUAUGGAAAUAGAAUAAUCCUUAUAAAACAGGACAUAUGCUUGUUUAUGAUUUUGCUUAAGAUGUAAAAACCAUGUAAAACAAUGAUCAUCAGUCUAAUACAAAAUACAAUGAUUACUCAACAGAUAAAUAAACAGAUGAACUAAGAUUAUAAUAUUUCUAUUUCACUAACUAAAUACAUAAUUAAAUUACUUCAUUUAUUAUUGGAAUGUUUGUUAAAAGCGGUAGCACUGUGGAUUAUCCAAGAAUAUAUUUUGAGUUAAAAUUCCCUAUUUUGAAAGUAGCAAAUAUUCCAGGAGCUAUUCAUGGCAAAAUAAUCCCAUGUUAAAUUUCUUUGGUUUUAGAAUCUCAAAACCCUAAUAGAAUCAAUUCAGCUCGAUGCAGAGUUUUUGAUAUUAACACUCAAUCUUAUUAAGGUUUAAUGGUUAGAAUUGAGGAAGUUAAUUAAUUUAGUCCUUAGUCUUUAUUGACAUUUGCCUUUGAUGAUUGGCUUCUACCUGACUCUACUAAUGGUUACACUCCUAUAGAUAUCGAAUUCAACCUUUAUAGAGCUUACACGCCAACUACUGCCUCUCUUUAAUACUCCAGAUAUUAUCUACUUCUAAAAGAAAUGAUCUUAGUAGAUGGAAUAAACACCUAAAUUUGGAAUAAUACUGUCAUUCCUCCCGUAUAAUUAAAAUCUCCUAAUAGCUAUGUUUAUGGAACAAAAAAUGUUGAAUAUAGCGAUAAUAUAAUUAAUUCUUGGCCUUAGCCUACUACAGGUUAUUUAGAUACUUGGGGGCUGCAAAAUACUGCUGGAUAAAAGAUGCGAUUAAUAUUCACUGAUGGUUUAAUUGGUGGAGAUAAUACGCCUGAUUCAAUGAGUUAUUUCGAUGACUAUGGUUAGCUUUAGUUACUAUGGUUUAAUAGAAAAACAAGGUCCGCUUAUAUAUCUGCUCCAAAAAGAGACAAUAAUACUAAUUCAAUUAAAAUAUCUAUUAAAAAUGCAGUUAACCCUUAUCCUUAUUAAAGAGACACUUGGAAUUUAAAUGGAAAAAUAGAUUAUCAAUUAUUCAUGGGUUAAUAUUGGAAUUUUGAUGGUGAUGGAUUUAGAUAGACAGAUAUAGGUAUCAUAGACUUAUCUUCGAAUGUUCAAUGGUCUUAAUUUAUUAAAAGCGUUCCUUUAUUCAAUAUAGAUCUUACCAAGUCCCAUCUUACUGAUGUCCUUCCUACAUAUAACUAUGCAGCUAAUUAGAGUAUAACUAUGAGAUUUAGAAUAACACAUUAAAUGAGCAAAGCUGAAAGAGUAAAAAGACAAUUAACUAAUGUUGUAUUUGAUUUUACAUAAGGAGUUAAGUUUAUUCAUAAAUGCUACAUAUAAAGUGAGGGUCAGAAAUAAAAUGUAUUUAUUUAUAGAUAUGUAGACUGCUAAAUAGGUUUCAACAAUAAUAAAUAUUAUGUCAAUUUAAUUGGGAUAGCAAAUUGGGAAGAUACAAUCCCUUACUAAAUGUUUUUAUAAAUAUAAACAGACUAAGAUAGCAUUGCUUAUUAAAUAUUAACUUAUUCGUAAAAUGGAGAAGUUGAGUUUUUCAAAUAAGUUAUUGUCCCAUCAACAUUAUUUAGCAAAAUUCAUAAUACUUUUAAUUAUUUUACAUUUAUUGAGGGAAAAUAUAUUUCUGAUUAUCAUGAAUUAGCUUAAAGAAAAAUAUUUGCUAAUAGUGCUAUUAAUACUACAUGGAGAUUAAGAUUUAGAUUUAUUUUAGAUGUUACACUCAAUUAUAAGUAAACUACAAUAUUUGUUGAUCCUAUGACUAAUGCAGAUUAUUUACAAAUUAAUUUACCUUCAUCUCUAACUAAUGGUUAUAUUUAAAGUGAUCCAAGUUAAUGGUUAAUGUGCUAUUUUAUUCCUGAAAUAUCUUUAUAUGAUAAAUUAGCAUUACCUUUAUAUUCUAAAUGUAAAGUUGAAACUAGCGCAAAUCCAUACUAUUAUGUUCUCACAGCACCUAGAGAUACUUUAGUAAAUGGUCAAACUUAUGUAGUUCACAUAUCAGAGAAGAGAAUUUAAGGUGCCUCUUUCAUUCUUCCUGGAGCUCCAUAAAGAUCUGAGUUCAUUUGGUAUUGCUAUAGUCCUUUUGCAACAACAACGCCAUCUUAUGAUACUUUUAUUACAAGGAUAACAAAUAGAUUCAAAAAAGCUAAAAUUAAUCAUUUAACUACUACUUCAGAAGACUAUGAUGUUGCUGAAAUUACUUUCACCCCUUCAGUCUCUCUUAAUCGAAUGUCAGAGUCAUAUUUCUUGAUUGAAAUAGAUAGUAUAUAUUUCUAAAAAAUUGGUUUAAAUUAUGAAGAUUUUGAUAUAAUAAAUUCAUAUAAAAGAGAUGGAUUACCUGAAUUUAUUAAUGGAAAUGAUCAUUCUUAUUUAAUAGAACCUCCUUUCUCAAGUGGAUUUUCUUUAAUCAAUUUUGGUUAGCAUAGUAAUUUCUAUGCAAAUAUUAUGAUCAAUCAUGUUAAUGGAUAGGAUUUGAAUGCUGAUUAAUAAUACAUUUUCAAAAUUCCUAUGAUUAGAAACCCUGCAAAUUAGCAUUCUUCUCUUUCUUAUAAAAUUUCUACAAUUUUCAUCAGUAAUAAAGAUAUGAGAAAACAAAUUUUAGAUGAAUUUUGGUUCAUUAAUCAUGCGUAUGUUGACACAGUACAUACUGAUAUGACAGAUGCUAACUUUAAAAUAAAUUCCUUCAACGAUUAUGUACUAUAAAAUACUAUGGAUUUAAGUGUUUAGUUUAAUUAUGAUAUAGGUCCACCUUAAAGAAUUCUUUUAAAAUGGGAUAAUAAUAAUGAUAUUGCAAUUGAUAGGAAGCAACUAAUGGCAAUUUAAAUCUCUGGAUGUAAGGUUGAAGUCUUUGAUAAAAUAUAUUUGAUUAUGGUAACCCCUUAAUCUUUUUAAUAAUCAGCAUGGUCUAUCAUGAGUUUAGGAACUAAUUUUUAAUCCAAUACUUACUCAGUUUAAUACGGGUUUUGGUUUAUAUACAUAACUAAUAAAUCAUUAACUUAAUAUUAUCAUAACCCCCAGCAGAAAUAGCUCAAACCAUUAUUAGAUCUUACUCCUAAAACAUUUGUCUAAAAAAUAGGAUUUGAAACAAUAAAUAGUGUUUGCCUUUACAGAUUAAUUAUUUCUACACCAAGUUAAGUUCCUAUUGGAGGAUAUAUUGAAAUAAAUCUAUCUAAUGAACUAGAUGGAUUUGAACCUUACUGUUAUACUUACUCAGAAUUCAAGUAAGUUGACUCAACAAACCCUAAGUAAGUUAAAUAUGGGCCUCUUGAAUGCCAAAUGCUAAAUUCUAAAUAAUAUGUAAUAAAAGGGUUUAACAGUUUUAUUGCAUCUACAAAUAUAAAUGUAGACUUAUAUCUUAAAAAUGUGAAUAGUGGAUCUGUGGUCAACCUUUCAAAUGUUAGUAUAUAUGGAACAUAAAAUUCUUAAAGCAUAAUAGCAAUUUCCAAACCUGUACCUUAGGUAACAAUUCUAUCUAGUAAUCCAGGAAUGAGUUAGUUUGAAAUAUUAGAUAGAGUUAGUUAUCCUAUUUAUGCAAAAGAGUGGUAAAAAUUAAAUUUUGUUUUUACUUUGAGAUCAAACAAUUUACUGAUUAAUUAAAACUACAAAUUAAAAUUUAAUCUUCCAUCUGGCUGGAUAAAUGCAAUCGGAACAAGAAUAGAGUUAAAAGGUAGAUAUAAAAAAAACGAUUCACCUAUCAUGACAGACGAUACUUACCCAUCACCUCCUUAUAAAUACAAAGAUUGGACUACUUCCAAGCAUAGCUUAGAAGGAGAUAAACUAGUAUUUGAUAUUAAUGUAGAUGAUCCUUUAUUAAAUCACUAUUCCAUUAAUAAUUAAACCGAGUAUAUUUUUUCAAUUGAAUCUUAAAGAGCAGAUAUAGCUAAUUAGGAAGGUCUUUUAAAUGCUGAUAGAGGUUUGUAUAAUUUUUAUCUGGAUGCAUACUAAGACAACAAACUGCUUGAAAGAACUUAUAAUGAAUAUUACGUAAAACCCAGAGAAGAUGUAUCUGAUACAUUUAGAGUAUAAGUUUUAAAUACAGGUGCAGGAUAAAAGACAGCAAUUAGAUUUAGUUUUACAAUGAAUUAUGAUAAAGCUGUUCAGGGUGACUAAGUUUGGAUUGAAUUUUAAACAUUUGAUAGGUUAAAUAAAGUAUUUAAAAAUGAUCUUGGGUUAGGUUUUAGCGAUAUUUCAGAUAAAAUAGAUUGCUAAGAGAGAUUUGGAUUUCAUAAAAUAUCAAACUAAAGAAUUGUGUGUUAUAUUUUUAAAGGAAACUAAAAUUUAUUAGCACCAAAAAGAGGAACUCCUGUUCUAAUAAAAAUUUUAAUCUAAAAAGAUAUUCCAAGCACAGAAUUAGUUGAUUUUUGGAUAGCUUAUGCAGAAAAUCCAAUUACUGUUGGAUAAGUUGCAGGUAUUAAAUUGAGCGUUAGAAGAGAUUGUAGAGAUGAUAGCCCGCAUUUUAAUUGUAUUCUCUAUCACGCUGAGCACUAAUAUUAUGUAACACAAUCAAUACCUCUUAGCUAAUAUUCUUCAAAUGGAGCUUUCUCUGCAAAUUCAAAUAUUGUAACUCUUACUGCUUCUCAUACAUUCACUAUUAAAUCAUCAGUUGAUAUACAAUCAAAUUAAUACAUACUAAUUUAAUACCCUUCUAACCAUAAAAAUCAAAAUACCUGCUUAUCAUUAGUUGGAGAGUGUUUAGAAUUUCCUUAGUAUAACUGGGUUUUAUUUAAACCAAGUGCUUUAAUCAAAGCAGGGUUAGAUACUUCAAUAAAGUUGGAUAAUAUGAUAAAUGGAUGGCAUAGAAGAAGUCCUUCUCCAGAUAAUUAUUUCCUUCUCUAGGUAUUUGAUAAUAACGGAAAUAUAGUUUAAACUUUUAAAAUUACACAUAACUAUUAUGACUAUUUUUUGAUAAAUACUUAAGGUUCAAUAAUUAACACUCAAACUUAUGACUAAAAAUACCAUAUUAACACACUAUUCCUCAAAGAAAACUUUAUGAACGUAGCUUAGUUAGACGUACUUAAUAUGUAUAUAGAAUAAGAAAUCAACUAUUUUAGAUUAGAUAAGCCAAAGGAAAUCUCUAAAUUUGAUUUAAAUUAUUGCAAUGCUACAUUAACUAUAAUACCUACAACUUUAAGAUUACCCUACCCUCUUAGAUAUGAUUGUGAAGUUCAUGAAUAAUAUAUACUCCUUAUUAGGACAACACAUUUCCCGCCGUGGGAUUUUACUUUCACCAAAUAUAACUUAAGAAUUUAUUUUAAAUUUAUUAUUGAUGGCAAAAUACCUCUUAUGGAUGGAGUUUUGCCUAGAUCAGCUAAUCCUUUUAUACUCUAUGGAUGUGUGGUUCGUUGUGACGAUCCCUUAGAUUCUAAAAACAUUUUAUCAUGGUCUCAUGUAACUUAAUCAAACAUUCCUUGGGAUAUAUCAUAUUACAAUUAGCCUAAUUUAAAUAACGCAGGAUUCUACACAUAAUCAUUUUAUUAAUGUUAAGCUCACAUCAAUGAUUUAGUUAGCCUUUAGAUGAUGAUUUAGCCAAAUACUAACUCUUCAACUUGUGACAUCAAUUAGCUAGUAUUUACAGUAUCUGAUGAGUUCAUAUAUCCUUCUACUCUAACUUUAGAUUAGUGUACAAUUUAAGGCAUUAUAUAAGCCCCUGUAGAUUCAUGCUCUGUUUCAAGAAGACAGGGUUAAACAUAAGUAAAAUUAAUUUUAAAAGAAAAAUUAGGAGACUUAGCUUAAAUAGUUACAAUUAGUGACAAAGAUGUCAAUAAAAUAUUUGUUGCUCCUUCAUAUCCUGGUAUGUUUUACCCUAUAAAGUUAGAUAUGUAUUGUGAUUCAAAGCUUAUCGAGACUUAAUUCACUAACUUCACUAAUGUAAGAGGUGAAAAUUUAGAUGUAAGCUAUUUGAAAAUAAUGAAUUCUUUAGAUGAAAAAACUCCAUAAAUUUAUGAGUUUUAAUUUAGAACUGGAAAGCAUGCUAUUCCAAAUGGUUACUAAAGAAUAAUUUAGGGAUAACUAUCUUAAGGAAUAUAUUCUAGUAUUUAGUUUAUAUUUGAGUGGAUAGGUGAUGGAUAUAAUAUUCAUCAAGGUUAUACAUAUGAUUUAGGUAUGAACAUUAAAGAUGGCUCAGAAGUAGGUUGUGCUAUAAAAAGUGGAUUAAAAUUGAUUUAAGGAAAUAUACUUAAGUGCAUUUUAAUUUAUGGAAAAGGACCUGAGAAAAUGCCUUAAAUUUCAAUAUCUAAUUAUGAAUAAAUACCUCCUAAUACUUAAGUAUCGAUAUUGAUUACUAACAUUUAAUCUAUUGGGGCAAACUUUUUAACUACAAUCAAAAUUGGUGUGUUGAUAACGAAUCCUAAAUUCAAUUCUGAAGCAUAUUUUUACGACCUAGUUGCAUAUAUCCCUGAUAAGACAAGUGCUUUAAAUUCACCAAUAGCCAAUACACACGAUGAUGUUGUUGUUACAGGAAACAGCUAAAUACACUCUUCAUCUAACUAUCAAUUCACAUUUACUUUAGGAAGAAGAGCUCUCAAAGUCACAGAUUACUUUGGUAUAUAAUUCCCUGAUAAUUUUAUUAACACAUUGAUGUAUGAUCCUUCUACAAUAAAUUGUGUAUCUACAUGUAGCUCUAUUUAUGUUUUCCCAGCUUCAAGCAUGGUAUAUCUAUAGCCUAAAACAAAUUUAGCAGCUAAUAGUUAAGUUGUUUUCUAAAUUAAUGGAAUUCCCAACCCAAAUUAUGCAGUAAGAGGAUAAAUUACUAUUAAAUAAUUUACAUUUAUUGACCGAAAAAUAGAUAGCUAAUAUAACGCUUAAUUUUCUGCUAAUUUUACUCCAUCAUCCCUAUUUUAAAAUGCUAAUGUUGAAGUUUCUUCUUAAACUGGCGGUGAAACUAAUGUUCAGUAUACCUUCUAAUUCUAACUAGGGCACACAGUACCAGCUAAUGGAGCUAUUUCGAUUGAUUUCCCAUUAGAUCUUUAUGAUAAUCCUAAAUUAUCCUCAGAACCUAUCAAAUGCAAAUUAUUUGGUGAUGUUUUUGAUGAAUUCAAUAAGUCAGUUUGUAAAUUUGCUGGUCCAAACAGACUUAGUAUUGCUUUGGUUAAUACUUAAUUGCUUCCAAAUUCUAUAUACAAAAUAAUAGUAGAUGGCAUUACUAAUCCUAAUAAGAGUUAUGAUUAAGCUAGCAAGCAAUAAAACUUUGUAUUUUCAUCUCAUUUCAAUAGCAAUGCUAUAUUAAAUCAAAUCAUUGCUCAAAAAACUACUAGUCCUCCUAUAUUGUAUGUUACAGCUUUGAAGAAAUGUAUCGUUUAAGUUAGCCCAUUCAUCAAAAAUACAAAAUUAAAAUCAUUUUACUCAUUUAAAUUUUCUUGUAAUGUAUAGAUUAAGAAUAAAAGUAUAGUGGAAAUAAAUUUACCAACAGAAUAUAGCAUGAAUAAUAAGUAAGAUACUUAUGAUUGCUCAAGUUUUGAAUAAUCCACUCUUUAUACAAAAUAAUGUACUCUUUAGGAGAUUAAAGGAUAAUUGAUUCUGUCUGCUUAACUGAGAGAAAUAACAAAUUCUUAAUAAUUUACUAUAAAUUUAGAUUUAUAUAAUCCUAGCAUAGAAAAUAGUAAAUAUAUUUUCUCAGCUAAAUUUAGGUAGUAAAAUCAAUAUUUUGCAGACACAUAAAACACAGGAACAAAUUUUGCUAGCAUUUUUGAAAAUCUAAAAAUAAUAUUUACUAAAAACCAAGACAAUCAUUCUUAAAUUAAAUUAUAGAAUGUGCCAAUAAAUGCAGCUGAGCCUGCUUAUUAUAUUUUUAAAACCCCAAGCUUAAGAAACAAGAUAUAGAUUGAACAGACCUCUAUUAUAUUCCCUAAUCAUUUUUCAAAAAACCUAGGAGAGAAUCUGAAGUGCUUUAUACUUAAUUCAAAUAACGAAGCAUAUAGAUUUUCAAUACAUGAUAUUCUAAAAUUAAAAGCUAAAUAAUUAAAUGAUUAUUAAAAUUUUAUUUAAUUGCCAUGUUCAACAAAUUAUGAUUAUACCAUAACAUUCUUAAAUGUUAGAAGCUUUUAUAACGAAAGCUCUUUUGAAUGGGACUACUUAAUGGUUUAAAAUGUAUAUAAUCCUGGAAAAUUUUAUUUAGACACUUACAAUAGCGAUGGGAUAGCAUCUUGGGUUUUUGAAGAUAAUUUAUACUAUGAAAUUAUUGAUACAGCCAAAUAGCUUGAUAUUAAGAAAAUAGAAGCAAAAAUAACUAGUACAACUGUCUUUUCUCCAUAUAUUUUUGAAAUUUACACUCUUUAGUAGCUAAAAUAGAGUACUCUAACUGGAAUAAUGAUUGAUUUACCAGAUUAAUAUGAUAUUUCUCUUUAACCUUAAGACAUUUCUUGUUAUAGCUCAAUUAGCUAGAAAAUUAAAACUAGCUGUUAAUUAUACAAUAAUACAAUACUAUUAUGGUCAGAGAUAUUCAAAGUUGAUAACGUUUUUCACUAUAUUUAUGUAGAAUCGAUUAUUAAUCCCUCUAUUACAGAUCCUUGCAAAGAAAAUUAAUUUAAAAAUUCAAAUUUUAAGCUAACUAUACUUGAUUUGUCGACAAAUGAAAUUCUAGCAACAUCAAAACCUAAUUAGUAGGCAUGCUUAUAGUAUUCUAAAGACCUCCUAUAUAUAAAAAUAGAUGGACCUACAAUGUUAGUAAAAGGGCUUUCUUAUUAGUUUAAGAUGUAAAUUGAGAGACCUGCAAAUGUGUUAAAACUAAUUCCUAAAUAUAACAAUCUAUACUUUGAUUUAAUACCUAAUAUUUUGGUAUUUAAAGAUUUUGAUCUACCAUCAGAAAUAAACUUCAUAAUAUUGGUUAAAUAAAGUGCUAAAGUAGGCAAUUAAUCUAUUAAAUUUGAUAAAAUAGAAACAAGAGAAGAUUCUUAUAUAAAAUCGGGAGAUUAAUAUUAGUUGCCUCCAAUACUAAAAUUUGUUGUAGUAGAAAAUUAGAAUACUAUAAACCAUGUUUUAAUAGAAGAUUUAAAAGCAAAUUCUAUUGGGGGAAUAGUUACAGCUUUUGUAAAUGUCCCAGAGCCUCCAUCAUAGAAUAUGUAUCUUAAUAUAGAUAUUACAAACUCUAAAAAUAUAGAUGUUUAACCUUCUAAAAUUUUGAUAACACAUGAAUAAAGAAAUUAUAAUUUUACAAUUAAAUACUUAUCAGAUAAAGUUACUUAGCCUAUUCCAUUCUACUUCUCUCUAUAAUCAAAUUAAAAUAUUGUUCAUUAAAUAAGAUCUCCUGUUAAACAUUUGGUUAUUACUCAUAUAGAUUAACACUCAAAAAACAAAAUAGCAAAAUUAGAAUUUAUGGAUAGUAUUCCUCAUGAAAGCUACUACAAAAAUCAUUUGGGAAGAAGUAUUGACACUCAUUUAAUAUAAAAAGAUGAGCUUAAGCCUUAAAUAUUGUCCAUAAAAACUGUAUCUAUAUAAUUAAAUAAAGUAGUUUUAUAUUUAAUAACUAGCUAACCUGGAUCAGUCAGAUACUUCAUUACUUAUAAAAAUUCUAAACCUCCUCUCUCAGCUUUAGAAGUUUUCUCUUUUAGUUAUUCAGAAGGAAUAAUUAUCACAAAGGGUGAAGUUCAUACUAAGUAAUAUUUCCCAGAAGCUAAAGAUUAUACAGCAGAAAUAAACAUUAAAGAAUUAAAUUAUUCUACAUCUUAUGAGCUAUAUGCAGUUUGUAAUAAUGGAAUGGGAAUAUCGAGAAUAAAAAGUGCUAAUUUUACUACUUCUUAUUUAAAAGCAGGAACUAUUUUCCAUUUAACUCUAUCUUAAAAUACAAAUUCUCGAGAAUUAAUUAAGUAGCUCUCAUAAGCCCUUAGAAUUAAACAUAGUGAUAUGGCCUUAUUAACAUCAAAACAGGUAAUUGAUAAUUAAGGUGAGAGGAUAAAGAAUGAUUUAUUCACUUUUGAGAUAGCCAUUGCUCCAUAGUCUAAUGGUUAUGACAUCAAUUAAUACAUUAAAAAUAUGAUUCAUAAUAAUCAAGAAACUUUCAUCAAAUUAAUGAAAAAUUAUGUGUAGGGAUUUGAAACAUAUAGAGUUGAACCUUUUUCAAGAAAAUAUAUGAAUGGAAUGACUAAAAUCACUGAUCUGAAACCAAAAGUAGAAAAUGUCAGUUUUUAUUCAGCAAAUAUUACUGUAAGAUCAUGGGAAGAUUCAAUAGUUUAUGCAGUUGUUCUAGAAGACAAAAAAAAUAAAAAUAUUACUUUACUUUCUUAAUAAAUAAUUUUAGGAUUUGAUUAGCAUAAUAACCCAGUAAAAGAGUUUUAGUCCACAAAGUCAUACUCAAACUCUAGCAAUUAUUACAAUGCAAAUCUAUAUUUCGAUAAUCUAAAUGAUGGAACCAACUAUACAGUUUACAUAACUGCAACUAAUGUAAUGCCUUACUCCGAAUAACUAAAAUUUUUACCUUUACAAGAUAAUAAUGUGAUAAUGUUUAAGUUUAGCACUCCUUUCAAUUAUAAUUUAGAUAGUUGUCUUAUGAUUGAAGAUUUAAAAGACAUAAAUAUAUAGCUUUCAUAAAUAAUAGAAAAAAGAUAUUAAACAGAAAAAUAGUUUGGAUAUUGUAAAAAAGUGAAAUAAAAAACUAAUUCAACUAAAAAAAUAUUAGGAUAAUUUAAUUAUUGA